CGCUCCCGACGAUCAUGUAAACAGAACUGACAUUAGUGACAGUGAAACCAUUUAAUGGCUGCACUAUUCACGCUUGUUGUCUGGUUACGUCUUAACUUACGAUACAACACUGACAUCGUAGUUCAUAUUUAAAAGUGGAAUGGCAGAUUCAUUUAUUAUGUUAUUUGAUGUAAUAUGCCACUUUCAAUUGUUUAUAAAUUAUUAUUUAUAAAUAAAUAGACUUAAUAGACAUUAUUUUCUUUUUAGUUUGAAGGUCUGAAGAGUGAAAGGCAGAUCACACGGUCACACGUUCGAUGUGUCAAUGACAAUCAAUUAAAUAAUCAAAAUCAAUGAUUUGAUUUGGUCAAAGUUUGAUAAUUUUGAGAUAGACACACCUCUUUACUUUUUGCAAAGUAAAAACAAAAAAUAUUUUCAUUUUUUGAAAGUAAAUACUAACCCAUCUCUACUUUUCAAGUGUGUAAAAUGAUUGGGUUUUGAUAUUCAUGGGUCUACUUAUAAUACUUAUAUAUAAAUUUUAAUAAAUGUAACCUCGAUUUGUUAACGCCAUUGAUUUUCUUAGUUGUUAAGCAUAUGUUUAUUUGUAAAAAGAUAAUGUAACAUCUCUUUUUUCACAAAUGUUAUACUAUAGGAUUUAAAUAUAUUGUCAUCCACGUAAAAAUGUACACAUUCUUUUUCCUACAUCCGAUAUGUAUUUACCCAAGAAGGCUAAUUAUUUAUCAAAUUCAUUUAUCUAUUUUGAGACGUAUCUUGUGCUGCCUGGGGCAAAGUGACCAACCCCUCCCCACCCAGAUGUCACUAAAGAAGUUAAUUGAGGGACGAUUUCUAUGCCCUAGAAGUACAUUAGACUUACCCCUUUUUGUAACCUUUACUACAACUUUUUUUCUCCUAAAAUUUGUGAAAACAUAAUCUUAAAUUUACAAAAGGAACUCUACAUAUGAUAUAAAUAUAUUUUAUAUUAAAGGAAUUUGAUAUAUUGAUAUCUUCAUCAAAAUUUUAAACAAACUUUUGCCUUGUUUUUUUAACUAUCAUAAAAUAAAAAAACGAAAAAUUCUUUUAUCUAAAGAAGAAUCUCGCAACCGUUUUUCUUGUCUAUAACAGAGUUGAGUCAUUUUUAAUCUCAUAAGUCAUAAAAAUACACAACCACUUUACUUUUCGCAAAGUAAAUACAAAUAUAUAUUUUCAUUCUCCAUUUUUCUUAAAUAAAUUUUCAAGUGUGUAAAAUGAUUGGGUUUUAAUAUUCAUGGGUAGUCUAUGCUUAUAUAAAUGUACCCACGUUUUGUUAAUGCCAUUGAUUUUCUUAAAUGGUAAACAUAUGUUUAUUUGUAAAAAGAGAAUGUAACAUCUCUUUUUUUCACAAAUGUAGUACCAUAGGAUUUAAAUAUAUUGUCAUCCACAUAAAAAUAUACACAUCCUGUUUCCUACUUCCGAUAUGUAUGUACCCAAGAAAGUUAAUUAUUUAUCAAAUUCAUUUAUUUAUAUUGAGACCUAUCUUGUGCUGCCUUGGGCAAAAAUUAACUCCCCCCCCCCCCCCCCCCCCCCUUUAAAAAAAAUUUGGAUGAGUUAUAAAUAGAUUAGUGUAUGCUAUUUGGCUAUGGAGUUUUGCUGCACUGAUUCACUUAAACGGAAUUUUCUUAUUAGAAGUAUAUUUAAUGGUCAAGUUUUUAUUACGUUAUAAAUUUAAUAAAAGUAUAUUUUUGGAAUUAAAAAAAGUAAAAACUUAUUAAAUGUUUAAAAUACAAAGCUAAAAUUUUUGUGUGUUUUAUUAACAAUUUAAAAAGCAAUCAAUUAUAUUUAUUAAUUUUACUUUUAAGAAGGGGAAAAUACAUUAUCAGUUUUGUAACAUGCGGUUAUUAAAUCAAAGAAACUUAAGAGGUUUGGCUAAAAUAGGCGAUUCGCGCUAUGAUGUUAUUUGCGUAUUUAUUUAAAAACAAAUGAAUUUGAAUUUUAUUUCGCAAUAUUAACAAGGCACUAAAAACAACUGAUUUUUGGGUUUUCCAGAUAAAUGUGAUUACAUUGUACGGUAAUUCGUAAAUUUUUGUUUAAUUUUUUUUUUCCAUAACUUUCAAACGCCUAAAAUGGCAUAUAAAAUGCUUAAAGACUCUCCCCUUAGUUCAUAUUUUAAAUGUAUUUUUAAUUUAUAAUAAUAAUACUUAAACUUUUACUAAAAUAAAGGAGGCUAUAUAAUAUUUUUUGCGCAAUUAAAUUUAUUCGAUUUCCGUAAAAUAAUAGGAAAUAACUAUGAUCGUUUUUUAGAAUCCGAACGUAUUUAAAUCUUUUCAGUUCUUUGGCGUUACGGUCAGCCUAGCUCAUUCUUAUAUAUAUUAUUUAUUAGGCUCACUAGUAGUAGUAGUUGGUCUGCUACUAUUACUAAUAGUUAGACUUAGGGUAAAUGAAUCAUUAAUUUUACAAAGUGUCUACAUGUCCGGCGACCAGACGAAUAAGUUCUAGAGAUAUUUGUCCAGCGACCUUUAUUUCUUUGUAAAAUUGUGUGUGUUUAAUAGUAAUAAUAAUAGGGUUGAAUUUAAAAUAACUAUCCUAAUAUUUUUUGAAAAAUGUUUCUUUCAAAAUAUAUGUUACAGUAUAUUACAAAGCUCUUAAGUCUUAAAAUACCCUGUAUUUAUAAAUUUUUUUUUCUUUUAUAUUCAAUUAUAUGAUUGUCAUUUAUUGACUGUAAGUUUACUUUUAUAGUAUUAUUUUUAUAUCUUCACUUGUUACUAAAAAUAUUUUAAACCUACCAACUAUUAACUUCAAUUUAAUUUCAUGUUUUCACAUAUGUAAUGAACAAAUGGGUAAAAAGUGACAAUGUUAAAUAAAGCGUGACAUGCCCACCGGAUGAAUAUCUCCCGCACUAUUUGUCCAGUCGCCGGACGUGUAGGCACUCUUUAAUUUACUGUUGCUUGUUUUUUUAAUUUAGGUUACCACCCUCGACUUAACAGUUUGAUUUCAAUUUUAACUUGCCAAUAGCCUAGCCUAAAUUUAAAUAUAGUUGCCUAAAUUGUCAAUUGGGUCAUUUGGAAAUAAGCUUGGCCUUGGACCUAACUUGCACCACUACUCAGUCUCAACCAGUGCUCAUUAUGACUUAAGUUAACUUUAAGACAAAUUAAGCUAUGUCCUAAGUACUGGAGUGUGGGGCCCACUUCCAAAGAAGUUAGUAGUGUUUUCGGAGACUUGCACUUCACAUUUAUGUUUCUGGGAUCAUCAUAAUAAUCAUAUAAAUCAAAAUUGUGCCCUUCUUUCUGGGAUCAUCAUAAUAAUCAUAUAAAUCAAAAUUGUGCCCUUCUUUCUGGGAUCAUCAUAAUAAUCAUAUAAAUCAAAAUUGUGCCCUUCUUUCUGGGAUCAUCAUAAUAAUCAUAUAAAUCAAAAUUGUGCCCUUCUUUCUGGGAUCAUCAUAAUAAUCAUAUAAAUCAAAAUUGUGCCCUGAUCAUAGAAUAAAAGCAUUAAGAAUAUAUGCUAAGUCAACAUGGCUUAAUGUCAUGUAAUGAAAUAUUAGAUGAAGCUAAUACAUUUUUUGUACUUAAUAUUCCAGAUUUUGACAUACUCUCCUAAUACAUAUUUAUCAAAAUGCCAUAAUUUGAUCUUUUUAAAAGUUUAAAAAAUUAUUUUGAAAUUUUAACAUUUUCUUUGCUUUGCUUGCAGCUGAUGAAUGCUGUACAAGUUUUAGAUUGAAUGCUGAGAAAAGGUGCAAUGUAAGUUAUAAUGUAGAAUAAUUGGAGUACAGUAAUUCUAGUGAAUAAAACUAACAAUGAUUUACAAAAUAAGCAUUGUCACAUCAUGCUUAUUCAAUACAUUUUCAUUCACAACCACUACUUUAAAAAGUGUUUGUGAAAAACAUAAAGUUUUCGUCAUUAGUAACUGAGUGUUAAAAUUACUGUUAUGGUUGACAGUAUCAAUGUGAUCACUUUGAUGGUUGUUUCACAUUUCUUUCCCAUUUCAACAAUAUUGCCUUUUUAAAAAUUGUUUUAAAUUUGCUAUCUAGGCUACUUUAGUAAUUCAGUUUAGUAAUCAGUUGAUAAACUAGCACAUCAAAGUCAAUAACAAAAAAGUAUUGAGAACUGAGAAAUUUUUGUUAAGGUUUUGUAAAUUUAUGGGUAAUUUAUUGUUAUCCUUAAAAUUCUCAGCAGAAUAUUCUGGAGAUCAUUAACGUCAAAUAAGAAUAUGAGUUCAGUUAAAUGCCAAUCAAUGUCACAUACAAGAGCUCAAGAGACAAUUAAGCAUAUGAAAGACUUAACAGCAGCCAGGACAUAUGACUCUGAUGGCCUUAGAAGACGAGCAGCAUGUUUAUGUUUUCAAGAUCAAAAUGAGAAGGAGGUUAGUUAUUGUGUUACUUAUCCCUAAUCACAUAUUUAUAUUUUUUAAAUUAAUUGAGUCAUUUUGAAUUUUAAAAUAUUACUAUCGUAAAGUUAACACAAUUUUACUCUUUUAUGUUUAUUAUCCCUUAAGGUAAAGAUGGACAUUUUUCAUAAUUAAUUAAAAAUGUGAAUUUGCUUGUACUUAACUAUUUAAAAAUGUAAGAGAUUUUAUUUUACAUUUGGGUGCACAAAGCAUAUUUUCUAUAACUCAGAUACUGUUAGUCAGCUCUACCCAUGAUAUCAGUAAGUGGAUUGUUCCAGGGGGUGGCAUUGACCCUGGAGAGGAGACAGCAGCAGCUGCAGAGAGGGAAGCACAUGAAGAAGCUGGUGCUAUAGGAGUAUUGGAUAGGCUAGUUGGAGUUUUUGAUGUAAGCUCUAGCCUACAGAUACAAAUUAAUUUUUGUUUUAAAAUCCAGUGUAGUGUGGUGAUACAAAUAUUUAAUACAACUUCUUAAUAACAGUUCAAAGAACAGGAAAAUAAUCAAUGUAACAUAGAGAUAUUUCUUUUUUUUUCUUUUCUGAAGUACCGGUAACAGAUAUAUUUGUAGUAUAUUUCUUACAAUCUUUGAAAUGUAAUGAAUUUUAUUGAAACAGCACCUACCCACAUCAAUUAUUUUGGUUUUUAAGCUCACAUAUUAUAUUAAUAAAUGCUGAAAAAUUCAUGUUAAAAAUGUCUAAUCUAUUUUGUGUGUCUUAAUAUGUCUAAAUAAUUGUAAUUUCUAAAAUAUUUAGAACGCAGAGAAAAAGACAAGAACUUGGGUGUAUGUAUUCUAUGUUGAACAUCUACAAGAACAUUGGACAGAGUCAAAAAGUCUUGGUCAGUUUUUUUAUUUUUUAUUCCAUACUUCUUGUUGAAUCCACAUGUUCAGUAUUCUUAUUUAUAAUUAAAUUAGAAAUCACAAAGUAGCCAGGAAGUAUAAAUUCAAUCAAGUUUUAGAGUCAUUUAGAUACCAGUAACAAAAAUAAGACAUGUUACAUCCACCAUACAUUACCAUUCAACAAAUAGAAAGUCUUGACGCUUGAAAAUUAUUUCAGCCCUCUUAUUUAUCUGUGUAUUUCAGCUCGCAGUCGACAAUGGUUUACUAUAGAAGAAGCCAAACAGAUGCUUUCAAUCCACAAACCAAGUCAAAUUCAGUACAUUGUGAAAGCUCUUGGAUCAAAGAUGUCCUAGCAAUUAUAACUUGGAUAAUUAUCUGUGACAUAUUGACGUCAUUUUAGUUUUGUGUAGGGCCAUCGAUAUAAUAUUUAUACUAAUACCUCAACAUUAUGAAAGUCUUAAGGUAAAAGGUAUUUCUAUGUUUUUUCAGUCCAAGGAAUGCCAUUUACCUCUAAUAGUAAAUAAUAGACUUUAUGAUGAAUUAAGUUUAUUCAGGGCUUAAACAGUUUUAGUUAUUUGUAGCAAAAUGUGUUACUUUUUAUUUUAAGAACAACUUAUGUUCUUUUUUGAUAGUAUUUUAGUCAAAAGUUGUCACUCAAUAAUUUCAGUCUUGUAAAUUGUAUUUUACAUUUAUUUUAAAAAUCUGUUGUUUUUUUCUUUUAAAUAAAAGAACAGGAUAUUGUAACAGGAAGGCUCCAAAUCAAAUUAAAACUUGUAAUUUACAUGUUGGGGACUGUUUUUUAAAAGUGCCUUUUAAUUAACUUUGUCUUUUUAAUUUAAAGAUUAUCCAGAGGUCUUGAAACCCUAAUUUCUCAUGUAAUUUUUUAAAGGCUUGCCAUCUUCAGCACUUGACUCUACGAUAUGUAAUUUUCUCAUAAAAUUUGGGAUAAUAACAAAGAGAAUUUUUUUUGUAGCAAGUAGUAUUUUGAAACCUUUUAUGUGAUGAUAAUAAAAUGCAAUUAUAUCAUUGUUAGUUUAGAGCACAUGACUGGGAUGAUCAAAUCAGUGGAAAUAAAUUUCACAUCUAUACUGUUAAAAAACUAAUUUCUGAUGGUGUGAUACAUCUUUUCACUAAUUUCAAGAGUUGUGUUACUAAUUUGACCAAAGAUUAUGGAUUAUACUUUUUACAUAUCAAUCAUAAACAAGAAAGAGAAAUGUCACUUAAGUCUUAAGAUAAGAAUAAUUUUUUUGGUUAAGCUCUAGUUAAUGUUUUUAUAAAUGGAGAACAAAUUACUUUUAUUCGCACAGUGCUCACUCUGAUAUAUUUAAUUUUGACUAUGAUUUAUGAUAGUCUCCAUUAAUAAUAAAAGAUUUCUAAAAGCUAUUAUUGCUCUAUGGACCCAGUAUUUGUCUACAUUCUUAGAAAUAGUGAUAGAUUAAAAUAACAUUUUUUAGACCCAAUUCUGUUUCUCAUGAUUUAUGAAUCUCUAUAAUACAAGAAUAAUUAUAUUAAUAUUAUAUUUAGCCUUUGAAACCCUUAAGUGUUUUAUAACAUGACGGUAUUACUUUUGUCUUUAAGGUUAGUCCUAAAUAGCAAUCUGUUGUUAGAAAGUUUGAUACUGCUGCGUAACAGUCCUACAAAUUGUCUGUCCUUUAUAUGUUAACUGAAGAUAAGAUCAUUCUUUUGAAAUGGAUUACUUAAUGUUCUAUGUAGGAGAGGAGGAAAAGUAUUUACAUCUGCCAUAGUCCAAGUAAUUGACUCAAUAAAUGGAAAUAACAUUUUGCCUCUCUUGCCCUCAUUGAGUACAGUAAAAUGUUUACAAAGCUAAAUUUAUUAUAUUUUCCUUAAACUUAAGUCCCAUGUUAAAAGAUUUUGAAAAUUGCAACUUUGCAUUACAUAUCAAUUUGUAUCAUUUUUCUCAAAAAUAAAUGAUGGAAAUUUUUUUUUUAACCCACAAAGAUAGACAACGCUUGAUAUCAAAUCUCACUAGCAAUAAACAAAUGUUAUAUUGAGAUUCAAGAAAUCUUUCAUUUAAUUUAGCGUUGAAUUACCUAUGUGUUUUUAUUGAGUCUAUAUAUAAUCACCAAAGAAUUAUUUAUUAUAAAAAGUUAGUCAAAUAUUAUUUGGUUAUAUAGCUGGAGUGUUUCUCAAACUUUCAUUUGAACCCAAUACACUGUUGUGAUACUCAAAUACUAAGAUAUGCCAGACUUUGUUGACAGAAUUUGAAUGGGUUUUUUGGGGUUUAUUUUAACUAAUCACUGUGAAGGAAAAUAAUCAGAAAAUGGAUUUGUUGUUUUUUUUCCAUUUUUGAAAACCAUAACAACUUAAUAAAAUAAUUGAUGUCAUCAUAAUUCAUAAAAAUGCUAUUUUUUCAUUUAAUUCCAAGUCCAUUUCAUUUUUUCAAAUUUGGAAAAAAAUAAAUAAUUAUGCCAUGAAAUAGAAGGGUUGAAAAAACUGAAGUAAGGAGGACAUAUGUUGUUUGGUGAUCUGAUCCAUAAUCUUUUAAAAUGUAUGGCUUAUUAUUUACACUAUGUGUAUCACGUAGUCCUAUACAUGUAUAAUGCAAAUGCUUUAGCUCUAAUUUAUGGCAGUGCAUGUAAAUAACAGAAUACUAAUUUGAUUUCAGUAAAACUAUUGGGCAGUUUGUGUAAAAUAAUGAUAUAUAAACAUGGAUUUCAGCCAUUCAGGGAUUACCUUGUAUGUUGUUAAUAUGGAAUGUCUGGGGAAAUCACAUGACCAAGUUCUCAUUCAAAUAAUUGUUGCUUAAAGUGAAGUGAGAGAAUGAUGAGCACCAGUCGGUGCUAUCCUUGAAUUUCCCUUUAUUCGUGUCAUCCAUGAAAUUAUAACUCUGCAAGCAAUACUUGAACAGCCUACCAUAAAUUCUUCUAUAUUUUGUGGCUCUGAAUUCUCAAAUAUAUUUUAUAUAAAGGAUUUAGCAAGAUGUCUUAAUUUAACAAUCAUUAAAGAAAGUCACAGAUUGAUUAGAAGGAAAACAGAUCUGAUGUUCAAUUUUUUUAAAGAAAAUGUGAAGAAAAAAAUAAUAUUUAAAAUAUUCUAAUGGGUUUGGGGGGGUCAUCCAUAUUUAAAAAAAAAAAUUUGUAACCGGUAACAAAAACAAUGAAUCUCCUUCUCCCUGUUGCAACUUUUUGACAACCCCCAAAGAUUCUAUGAUUGUUAUAAUGCUUGUUAAAACCCAGUCACAGCCUUUUACCACAUCUCCUUAUAAAAUGGAUGGCCCCAUUUCUAGCAUAGUUUUGGUUCUAGAUGUUCAGAGGACAUCAUUAGGGAAAGUAGCCAAUACGAUUUUAUAUUGGCACCUAGCUAAUGUAUCCUAAGCCAGUGGUUUUAAAUGAUUUUACACCUGCAGAUUGUGAGAUGAGGUGAAUAUUGCAUAGGCCAUUAACAGAAUACUAUUGGGCAGUUUGUGUAAAAUAAUAAUAUAUAAACAUGGAUUAUAAGAAAUAUUUUAGGGGUUUGUGAAAACAUCAUAUCAGGUAGAAAUUAAAUAAAAACAAGGUGUUCUGUCACUGCUGUUUCUAUUUAAAAGCGUGAUAAAAUGAAUAAUAAUAAUCAUAAGGGGUCUUAUAUAGCGCGGUACCCCAGCCUAAUGCUAGAAUAUUUCAUUCACAAGUUUUCAAAUGCAUUAUGUUGUGGUAUUUUAGGUUGUUUUUAAAUCAUUUUGUAAGGACAUAACUGAAAUGCAUGAAAAAGAAUAGAUAACUAUGCAAAAAUAAGAACAACUGUUAAAGCGUUUAUUUUUGUCCGUUUUCUAAAAAAAUUAUAGCUACUUUUAUAAAUUAAUCAUGGUAAUAUGUCGUUUGCACCAGUUGAUAUUUACACAUUAUAUUUGAUAUCCAAGUAAUAAAAUUAAAAGCCGAAGUCAUUCAACAUGAAAAUAAACUUUAUUUAAAAUUGGUUUUAUGCAUGUACCGGUAUUACAAAAGUUUGGUUCCAGUAUUUAGCGUACUUAGUUUCCAGCACUAUAAUUUGCCUUACAAUAAAUAUAAUACAUUAAAGCUAGCGUAGAAAGCCAUUUCUUAUCAAAGCUUCGUUUGCGUUGAUAUUAUUCAUGGUUAGUACAUCCUACAAUUUAACAUAUCAAACAUGUAGUCCACGUCCUGCUCACCUGUUUGUAUUUAUUUUAGAAUUAAAAGCAUUUUCUGAUGAUGUCUUGAGGUUUUUUUUUACUCUCGAGGAGUUGACGUAUUGUAUGUAAGUUUUUUACGAAUAAUACUACACCCAUGUGAAUGAUAGGGACAGCUAAAGUUGAUUUUCGCUGACUGAUUCUAUUAUAUCAUGUAUUUCACAGCAUUUUGUGCUCUUGGAUCUAUGGUACCUCACUCUUAUGGCUAUGAAGAGAACACAGACUGUUUGUCUUUUGUCUUAAUGAUUGCUGUUAUUUUUUUUACCAAAUGUAAGUAUAUUGUAAAACACUACUUUAAAUAAUGUUAAAAGAUAAGUUGACAUGGCAUUGUGAACUUGCUUACUUAUACAAAAACAUUUGAACAUUUCAAAACAUACUAUAAAAUUCUUUUUAAACUGUUAACUUCGAAAUAAUAUUUUGGACUAAGUGAAUGGCAAUAGUAUAAAAUAUAAUAGCUUACAGUAUUGUCUCUCAUUUAAAAUUAACAAACAUAAGCACUGGGCAAAAUCCUCAUUUAAUUUUAAAUAUAAUUAUUACUGUAGCAUAACGAUAAAUGAACAUAAGUUUUAAAAAAAUGAAACAAUGAACUACUAAAGCCAUGUAUUUUGAUGUUAACAUGUGCCCACAAUAUUAAUCAAUAGAGUACUACACAACUCAACAACACAACAAGAAUGAUGAAACAAAUAGCUAAGUCUGUCUUUUUUUAACUAAAAUUUAGUUAUUUUCGCUUCCAGUGGGAGAACUGUUGUCAUUGUAAGUGGUAUUAGCAAUUGUACUGCAACUGAUUGGCUUCAUUGUUCCCUCUAAUUUUACUUCCCUCUAAUUUUCUGAAGCUGUGUGUACAAAAUACUGUGUUUGAAACAUUUUUGUGUGUGAAAUUUAAGAAAAAUCUAGUGUGACAUUUUAUAACAUAUGACUCAUUUGUUUGGGUGCUGGGUGGCUGAAUGGUCUCAAUUGAGCAAAUCUCAAGUUGGUGGUCUGGAGUUCAAUUCAAGCCAAAAGUACAGUCAAGCAAAAACAUCACCAGCACCCCAGGUGGAUGGGACUGUUAACCUUGGAUGGCAACCUUGCGGAUUUCGUCCUCCGAAGUCUUCACUAUCGUCACAUUGUGAUUGAUAUAUAUACCCAGCAAUUGUUUGAAGGGUUUGAAAAAUUGAAUCCAGAAAGUAAUAUGUUUUAAAUUUAUGUGCACACUGGCUUCAGACUUCAGAUUUCAGCAGUGUUCAGAGGGGGAGCAUUGAUACGUCAGUGCCGCGGAGCCCUUGAGAAGUGCAAGUGGAGCACAGGCUAAGAACCAAACUCUUAGCCUAUACACCAUUUUAGCUGUGUCCACAUUUUGCUGUCACAUUAUUUCCAGCUUGAAUGAGGGAUUCAAAUACCUAUUUAUAAUUUUGUG